CACCUUGUCCCACUCUUGCGGCUCUGCGGCCUAGUCAGCUUGACCGGCCCUAAGGCGCCAUGGGCGGCGGAAGCAGCGCUCCCCGGAGGGUCACCUUCGAGGCCGACGAGAACGACAACAUCACCGUGGUCAAGGGCGUCCGGCUGUCUGAGAAUGUUAUAGAGCGUAUGAAGGAUCCGUCUUCACCUGGUGGGAGGUCUCAGCAGAAAUCGGGAUCUGGUGGCCAUGGCUCAAUUGGAGGAACUUCAGUGAACGAAGAAGACCUAAAGAAAAGAAUAGCAGAAGAAUUGGCAUUAGAACAAGCCAGGAGAGAUGCUGAUGCACAUAAAAGACUAAAGCAAAAUCAAAUGCACGUGCGAGAUGAAAUUGGCAAAGUUCUCGAGCGAGAGAGGGCUGCCUCGAAUGAGCAUUUGGCCAGAGCCAUUCUGAGAGAGAGAGCAGCAACUGAAGAGGAGCGCCUGAAAGCACAGCAGCUGGCCAAGCAGCUGGAAGAGAGAGACAGGGAGCUGAAGAAGCAUGAUACUUACUACAAAGAGCAGCUGGCUCGACUGGAAGAGAGGAGUGCACAGUUCUACAAAGUCACCACGGAGCAAUACCAAAAAGCCGUCGACGAGGUAGAUGCCAGAUUCAAGCGAUAUAAAUCUACCCCAGUGUGUGCCGACCUGCAGAGUAAAAUCCUCCAGUGUUAUCAGCAAAACUCCCAGCAGACGCUCAGCUGCUCAGCUCUGGCCAGCGAGUACUUCAAGUGUGUCAACCAUGCCAAGCAGAGCAUGGCUGGCAGAGGAGGAUAAAGAUUCCUCUGCAGCAAGCGUCAAUCCAUCAACUCCAAUUCCAGCAGCAGAAGGGGGUGUUUUAUUCGAGAGCAAACCAACGGCCCAUUUACAGGGCAGACGGAAAGAGCGCGCAAAUCCAGAAGGGCCAAAUCAGGACCGGUGGACAUCGCGGCUCAAUCAACGUGGCCAAGACCAGUUUCUCAUUACGCUAGAAAUUGCACAUCCGAGGGCAGCUCGUAAAACCCACUUACCAGUGAUUGAAGGAAGGCGAGGCAGAAACCUUCCGCUGACCUUAGUAGGGGGUUUGGAAUCUCCCCCUGAUUCUGCUGUUUUCACUGCAGAACCUGCUCACGCUGCCAGACGCUUCUCUGGGCCUGCCCUGGCGGCCUGCUGCGUCCUUCCAAAUGUUGUGUUUUCUUUUGCAUAAUCAUGAGGAUGUUGGUUUAAUUUAUUGCCAAAAUGAUGUCACCAAAAGGGUCAUCCGUCUUCCCCUCUGUUGGAAUCACGUUUCGAAAGCCUCCACUGCAUGGGAGUUCAUUGAUUGCAAAUUAUCGUCGUAAUAAGGCAUUUGAUUACAUUGUAACGGUAACCUGUGAUUGUGCUGUGCUAUCACGAAGUACUGACAAUUAUAUUCUCUCAGUAUCAAUAAUAAAAAAGUGUUUUGUGGAAGG